AUGUUUAACUCCUCAGGCCUCUGUAGUCUAUCAUCCAGCUCGGGUUCCAGCAACGAGUUGGUUUCCCCUAAUGAUUUAAGAUUCAAAGAAGAGCUUGCAUUAGAACAUACAGAAAAAUGGUGGUCAUCUUGGGAAUCUGGUAUUUUGGCAUUGAAGGGGGUAUGGGAUCUUUUAAAAUUGUGUGCAGGAGAGAUAUGCAAAUUUCGUGUCUCGCUGGAAUCCAUACUUGGGCGCAACCCCAAGCCAACACCAAUUUGCAAGCUAAAAAACUGGUUGUUUCAAAUCCUGCAAAACCUCACCGGAAAGCAUUGGCCGAUUACUCAUAACCAACUUGGACAGGGAAAGCAGGAUGAUACACUAGCCAGUGAUAUUUCAAUCUCAUCAAGCAUCCAAGACCAGCCGCGUUUUGAGCUAUCUUUCAACAGCCUCUCAAAUCGACGUCAACCAAACAAAGAUCACCAAGAAUCUUUGAAUUCUGUGUCACCUGACAUGUUUUCAGAGAAAGAAGAGCGUCAAUUAAGGGUGAGAUUUGCAGAUGUUCCAUCUUUGCAAAGGAAAAAGUCAUUCAGAUCAGGAUUAAAUCUUUCAUCUACACACGAAGAGCCGGACAUUCAAGAUCAACUUGAGAGUACGAAGAGAUCGGUGAUUGACUUCUUAUGCAAAGAUGAAGGUUACGAAUACUAUUCCAAAGGCGGAGGUCACCACCAGGAAAUCCCAAUUUGGAGCAAGUCGAAUAUAUUCGUGCACUUACGUGAAUAUCUUCUGUCCGGAGAUCUUGGAGCAGAAGUGGAGGUCAAAAAGCAAAUAAUCAAAGAAAAGCUGAAAAAAAUGGUCAUCUUAUUCAUUGAUGGAAAUCUUUAUGAUGUUACUUUGUACUCCUCUAGCGGACAGCAUCCUGGUGGUAUGAAAAUUCUGAGACAAUACUCAAUCCUUCGCAAAAACAAUCAAACUUCCAACUCGCAGAAUCCCACUCCUCAAGAACCUAUCAAUCCUGGUACAGCUUCAAGUUCAACAAGCCAUAAUUCUCCAGGUGUUGGUCAUAAUUGGUUUCCUGGUUAUUCCAUAGAUUGGAUUGAGUCUAGUCCAGCGUUUCACUACGAUUUGAAUCAGCAUUCUUGGAUGGCUAAGCAUAAGUUGAAGCAGUUUUUGAUCUCAAAAAUAUCGGAAGAUUUUUGA